GGGGUGGGGGGUUCAUAGUUAUGGCCUCAACUUGUCACCCAUAGCUCAGUUCAAAUGAAUCAGGAAAACGAUUCAAACGAAUGAUUCGUUUGCGAAUCGGUCACCGCUACGCUGUGAACCGAGCGUGAAUUAUGCAUACGGACUAACAAGGGAAAGUGAUGCUCAGAGAGAAGGACAGAGGACUCGGGAAAGAUGCAUUAAAGGGCGAUGAAGUUCUGUGAAACGGUUUCUCGUCGCAGCGUUAUAUGUACGCACGCAUGAUUAAUUUAGUGUAGUGUUUUAUUGUUACGUAGCACGAGGUGGAUUUUAUUGCAAAGGAAAAAGCGAUAGUCAUAUCGGAUGGUAGCUGAAAGCAAGAGAGAAAGGGGGUACAUUAUUUUAAUAAUUACUUAUAGGCUACAGCGGACCGUCACUUAAUUUUGAAAUACAUCUUGAAUAGCGUGGAACUUCGCAGUUCUGAGGAAAUAACAAAACGCGUUUUAUUUGCUCAAGGAGAGAUGGAUGGAGAGACAGUCAAAGAAAGCGAUCUCUAAAGAAAAGGGUGAAAAAAAAACACGCCACAAGUCUAAAUGGAUUUUUGAGUCAUCUUCUGUAAAGAGUUUUUAAAUUGGUUGAUUGUGCUAUAAAAGGCAAGUGGAGGAGAGGAGAGCUUGCUGUUGCAUGAUGGCUCUUGAAGGUAUAGGAGAGCUUCGAGACUUGCUCUUCUUCCUGCUCCUGUGCCUCACAUUAUUGGCUGAACUAUUGGAGAUGACUGCAGCUUCUGCACAGGGACUGGAUGGCGAAAGUGACCUAGUGUGCCCAUCUGUGUGUCGCUGUGAUGAGGACUUUAUUUACUGCAAUGACCGUGGAUUGAGUGCAAUCCCACCUCUGCCACCAUCUGCAACUGUACUUUAUCUUCAGAACAAUCACAUUGACAAUGCAGGGCUUCCUAGGACCUUGGAACAUCACAUGACUGUGCGUGUCAUAUAUCUCUAUGAUAAUGAGCUUGAUGACUUUCCCAUGCAUUUGCCACCUUCAUUAAGAGAGCUUCACCUCCAGGACAACAAUAUUAGACUUUUGCCAAGGACUGCACUUGCUAGACUUCCACUACUUGAAAAGUUGCAUCUGGACGACAACUCUGUUUCUACAGUGAGUAUUGAGGACCAGGCCUUUGCGGACAACCCUCGAUUACGUCUCCUCUUCCUUUCCAGAAACCACCUCUCUAGCAUCCCAUCUGGUCUUCCUGCCUCACUUGAAGAGCUCCGUUUAGACGACAACCGAAUCUCUACUAUUCCUACACAUGCCUUCCGAGGUUUGUCCUCUUUACGUCGCCUGGUUUUGGAUGGUAAUCUUUUAGCUAAUCAACGCAUAGCUGAUGACACCUUCUCACGCUUGUCAAAUUUAACAGAACUCUCCCUGGUCCGUAAUUCACUUCAAACACCCCCACUUAACUUGCCCAGUGCCCACCUGCAGAGACUCUCCCUUCAGGACAAUAACCUUAUACACAUGCCUCGGGGCUCACUUGAUGGAAUGCGCAGACUGCAGCGCCUAGAUCUCUCUGGAAACAAUCUGACUACCCUUCCCAGAGGACUGUUCAGGGACUUGGAGAGCCUGGGGCAGCUGCUUGUGCGAGGAAACCCAUGGCAUUGUGGGUGCAACUUGCGCUGGCUACAUGACUGGCUGGAAGCAAAGGGGAAUACUAUUACAGUGAGAGGCUUUAUCUGCCAGACACCAGAGCGAGUCCGAGACAUGGCACUUAGAGACCUCACAAAUCAGAUGGAUGAAUGUGAGUUGGCUGCUGCUGGUGGUGCUGGAGUAGGUACAGGGGUUGGCGUUGGUGGUAACAGAGUAAGUGGAGGAGCAGCAGGAGUCAUUUCUACCACUCUUUCUCCCCCUCAAGGGUCCCUAUUUACACUUAGGUCCAAGCGACCAGGCGUUGGUCUCCCAGAAAUAGGAUUGGACUACACAUUAAGCAGCAGCGGUGUGGGCAAGAACCUGGCACUGAAUGUGAAACCCCUAUCCCAUGACAGCAUCCGUGUUACUUGGAGUGUAGCACAAACAUCUUCUUCCUUUCGAUUAAGCUGGCUUCGCCUAGGAACAAGCUCUGCCAUGGGGUCCAUCACAGAAACCUUGGUUAGAGGUGAUCGGCGGGAGUAUCUUCUCACUUCCCUGCAACCUGCUUCCAGCUACAUCAUCUGCAUGGUGCCUCUAGUAUCUAACAGUGGAAGCAGGAGUAGUUUGCCUGGGGAGGACACAGAAUCAAAUGAGGUUCCAGUUUGUGCUAGAACAGAAACGUCUGAUCCUAGCCACCCUGAUGAUGAUGGUGAAGAUGAGAGCUCUGAUAAACUGACUUCUCUUCCUCUUGCAGGAAUUAUUGGAGGUGCUACGGCAAUAGUUUCCCUCGCUCUUAUCAUUGGCAUUUUCUGCUGGUAUGGGCACCGUGCAGGACGUUUCACAUCACAAGACCAUUACAGCCAUAGUAGCUCUCGCAAGAGCAAACACUAUGAUGACUACAUUGAGUCAGGCACAAAGAAAGACAAUACUAUCUUAGAGAUCAGAAGUCCAGGAUUUCAGAUGACACCAAUGGCAACAAGGCAGCCCCUUCAACCGAAACCAGUGAGAGAGGAUUACAUCAUACACACCAUCUUCCCCUCGAAUGGCACAGGUCUAUACAAGCCAUCCCAAAACAUGACCAACUCUAGCUAUGGUUCUAAUCGUGGAUAUAGAGAAGGAGGCAUUCCAGAUAUAGAUUACUCCUACACAUGAUAGCUUUGAUUUAGAAACCAUAAUUAGGAGUCAUGUACUGCAUAGAUACACAGUUUUUAAUCAACAUGGGCUCUGCAGAAUCCCUUUGUGCCUUCUGGUCUUCAUUACAAUGUAGCCUGCUGUUCAUGACAAUGUAAAACUUUUAAUUGGCCCAGAUGCUUAUAGGAAGCAUUAUAAAUGUGGUGCCAGGAGGCGAUGAUGCCAUUUCAGGUGGUGAUACCAAAUGCUAUUUUCACCUCCCGGUGUAAUGAUCAGUGUCCCUGACAUUGCUGUUUUUUCUCUGGCUAGUGCACUGAGGUGGAUUCAAGGGCAGCCCACACCGCAUUCAGCUCACAGACUGUUCACAGGGCUCAGUACAUAUAUGGGAGAGAGGCAGUCUUCUAUUUGGAAAUAACCAACCUGCUGUACAUUUUAACAUUUGUCUCCUAUGGGCUGAAUCAAAGGAACCAGGAUUGACAAGAAUCCUGCAUUAACAAGGCAACCUUUUUGUUCAGAGGAAACUGGAAAUAUUUUGUUUUAAGUGAUCCUUCUGGAAAAUGCAUGGGUUCACAUGCACAGUUGUUUUUUUGAAGAACAAGCUGCAGAACAUGACUACUAUUCCUAAUUAAAAUAGAGUGUCUGGAACAAGCAGAGACAUGGCCCUCAAAAACUACAGCAAGGUUUGAAAUGCCUCAAAAACUAAAUAAAUUUGAAUUCUUAUACACUUGAAAGAAGCCUGAUGCUACUACGAUAAUGUCUAACAAGUGUUAUGUUGACUGCUCUAGUUGCAGACUGGUGUAAAGUUGAGAGGAUGAAUGAAAUGGCUUCAUGUGUGUUGAGGAAGUUUUGAUUUUUAAAAAUUGCAACUGAACCCUGGUGUGUUGAUCGAUACAAACAAUGAAAGUUAGAUAUUGUCAUAACUCUGUUCCCUAGUUGUUUGAUUUUUAUUUAUUUAUUUAUUUAUUUUUUCCAUUUGUUUUACUAUAUAUUUUCUUUUUAACUCAUAAAGCCCUGCUAAUACUUAUGAUUUUUUAUCAAUUUUAAAUUUUUUACCUUUCCUACAAAAAAAUAAAAAUAAAAAUAAAAAAUGCUUGUUUACAAUAGAUUGUCCCCUAUAUUGCACAGAGACUAAACCAAUGUUCUGUUAUGGUGGCUCAUGGUUUGUAGAUUGCUUAGACACAUUUUUAGCACAAAGUUACAUUCUAUAAAUCACUUAUUUACACCUCCAAAUUUCACUGUAGAUAAAGAUAUGGCCUUGCUGCUAACCACAGCGGUUGUACUUCUAUGAUUCUUAGGGAGAAGAGGAAGAGUGUUAGAGGGGAAACCAGGAAUUUGAACCAUAACACUGUGGACCAUCACUGUGGAAGAUAGAGAGUCCAUCAGAAUGUUGUAUAAUUUUGUAAGGUGGAUGCAGUUUUGAUUUGAAAAAAAAAAAAAGGCACUUUUUUCCUUUGUGUAGAAAUUAAGCAUUUAGUCAAUGUCUUCAACCCAUUAAUUUAAGCCAACAGCAGAACAGAAUGCUAAUUAAGGAUUAAUCAGAGAAUUUACGCAAUGGUUCUGAGGUAGUCAGAGAGAAAAGUUAUGUUCAUUUUUACAGAAGACCUCCCUUGAGUCUCCGUAACAUUUCUGUUCUGCUCUGCUGUAUUUAUGUAUUUGAGGACUUGUGGAGAAUUUAAGACAGCUUACACUGCCUUGUAUUUUAUGUACUAUUUGGCAUUGUACUGUAAGUGUCAAAAACAGGAAAGAAAAAAUGGAUAGAGAGAGAAAAGAUGAUUGAAGAGAGAGAUAGAAGUAGAAUGUUCUAAACUGAGAAAGAGUGAGAGAUUAUACACAUAUAACAUGGAUUUGAUAUUGAAGCAGAGGCAUAACGGAAAUGAAGCCUGUGGUGUUGAACUGUGCAUGAAAUGUUUUGUCAUCUUCUUGCUGUCUGCUGUUGUGUUGCAACUUUGUCUUAUGCCUUCUACGCAAAAAAAAAAAAAAAAAAAAAAAAAAAAAACAACCUACUCCUAACUUCUGUUUCAGAGAUGGAAAUUAAUCAAGACUUCGUGACAUUUCAAUACACAUUGGUUUAACAGCAGUUCAGCCUCACAGUGUAAUUUUUUUAAACCAAAAACAUAAUUUUUGCUUUUAAUUAGCCUUUUUUAGGGAUAGCUCACCGACAAUGGAAAUUCUGUCAUUCACUCACCCUCAAGUUGUUCCAAACCGGCAUGAUUUAUUUUUUUAUUUUUUUAUUUUUAUUUGGUUGAACACAAAAUAACAUAUUUUUAAGAAAAUUAUUAACCAAACAGUUGUUGGUCCCCAUUGAUUUCAAUGAAAUAAAUACUGUGGACGUCAUUGGGGACCAAAAACUGUCUGGUUACAUUCUUCAAAAUACCUUCUUUUGUGUUCAGCAGAAGAAAGAAUUUCAUAAAGGUGCACAUUUAUGCUCAAGGGUGAGUAAAUGAUGAUAGAAUUUCCAUUUUCAUUGUACUAUCCUUUUAAAUUGAUCUGUGGGUUUUUCAGCCUUUUAUUUUUAGGCCAGAGAGACAACUGUUAAAUUGAGGAAAGGGUAAAGAGUGCACAGGACAUGAAGCAGGGCAGACUCUACUAACUACCCGAUGCACCACUGCUUUUUUAUUAUUAUUAUUGUUUGAUUUAUUGAUUGUUGGUAUGUUUGUCCAAGUGUAACAGUUAGUUCACUCCAAAAGGAAAAUUGGCAUUUUUUUCUCACUCUCCUGUCAUUCCUAAUCCAACUUGAAAUUGACAAGAAGUUAACUUUAAUAAAAUUCAACUUUUACUUUCUUGCUUGGAACACAGAAAUUUAGCAAAAUAGUUCAGCAGAAUGUUGCUGUAGAAUGCUGAUAAAAUGAAAACUUACAGUCACCAGGGACUGUCAAGCUCUGAAAAGAACAAAAAGACAUUAUAAAAGCACAAUAAAAGUAGUCUGCAUGACUCUGGAGACUAUAUUCUAAAUCUUCUGAAAGCAUUCAAUAGCUCUGUGUGAGGGACAGGGCAAAAUUUAAAUAGUUAUCAAAUCCAGUCAGUUUCAUGCUUGCACUCAUUCAAACAUGAAGGAAUAGUUCUUAUACAGUACAUUAAAUUAAUGUCACCAGGCACCAUUAGUUCUAAUGUGUCUUGUAAACUACCAAAACUUGUCAAAUUUGACUGAAUGUAGUGGCAGCUCGUCGGUGGAGGCAGGGGAGGCACAGCUUCCCCAAAAUUUUGAGGUGAAAAUGAGGACAAUUUAAUGUUAAUAAAAUUCACAAUUCAUUU